AGAGUAAACUACUCGCGGGCGUAACGUGGAGACCGACAGAGAGAGGAACAGAACAGGAGAAGCCCAUCCAUACAUAUCCACAAACACAGUUGAGUCGGUGAUUUAAAACUCGGAUCUCAUUUCGAUCCUAUCAAUACUCGCACAAAGAAAGUGAAUACCGACUAGCAAUACCAUCAUCUUCGUCGUUGUCCUCGUAGCCUCGGAUCGGAAGAGAAAAUGGGCCAAGUUGAUUUGGUGCUGCCUAAGGAGUAUGGCUUUGUGGCCAUCGUUCUCGUUCUCUACUGCCUUGUCAAUUUCUGGAUGGCUGGCCAAGUUGGCAAGGCUCGAAAAAGGUUCAACGUGCCAUAUCCUACCCUCUACGCCCUAGAAUCUGAUAACAAAGAUGCAAAGCUUUUCAACUGUGUUCAGAGAGGGCAUCAGAACUCGCUGGAGAUGGUGCCCAUGUUUUUCACGCUGAUGAUGCUGGGAGGGAUGAGGCAUCCUUGCACAUGCGCGGCGCUUGGUUUACUCUACACCGUGUCUCGCGUUUUCUACUUCAAAGGCUACGCCACGGGCGAUCCCCAGAAGCGUCUCACGGUCGGGAAAUAUGGCUUCUUGGCCUUGUUGGGUCUUAUGGUCUCCACUGUUUCAUUUGGGGUCAGUCUUCUUCUUUGAUCGAUUUGCCUUUUGCUUUCUGUAACUACCGGUGCUUGGUUUCGUAUGUUGGGUGUUGAAUGAGUGACCAGUGUGUUCGAAUUUCAAAGGUUUUAGGCUUCUCUGUGUGUAAUCUGACGGUAAUCUGUUUUGAAUACGCUUCCAAAUUACUUCAUGGUUGCUAAA